AUGGUAACGCGAAAUCUAUAUGGAUUCGUUGCCAAGGCGUUGUCGGCCAUAUCUAUGAAUGAAGUGGUGCUCCUGGUAUCAUUUAUAUGUUGUGCUGUUCGUUUAUACCCGACAUCGUACUUAUUUGCUUGGCAAAAUGCAUAUCUUUGUAAUCGAGCAGCAGUCCUCACAGCAAUUUGUAGAGGAAGGUCUGAUUCAAGAGCCUGUAAUGAAAAUUUUCCCAACUCCCACAUUGUUCUGCCUGAUAAAACCACAGUAAAGAAUAGUGUGGGAAAAUGUAUUCGACCUAAUGUAUGUGAAUGUAAACAGGAAGGGUUUUAUUCAGCUGGUUCAUUUUGUAAUAUCUGUUCACCCAUUAAUAAUUGUGAUCUAGAAUAUUGUACAACUAAAACUAACCAGAGAUGUCGGAGAUGUGAAGGAUUGGUAGCAGAUAUUUCGUGGCAGCGAGCUUAUAUUAUAUCGACGGAUAAACGAUUGUGUAAAAAGGCCUGUUCAUGGAGACCAGACAGUAGAUGUUAUCCUGGUACAUGUCCAAAUGAGCUGUUUUCAAAUUGUGAUUGUUCUGUUGGGUUUACUGGAACCCAUUGUAAUAGAAUUACUGCUAUCCCUGAUAUUCUUUACAAUCAAGUAACGCUAACUGCUGAUAAUGGUGAAACUGUUGAUGCUCCUGGUGAUUUUGGAGCUGGUUCUCCACAACCAAUAACAUGGACUAAUAUGAUGAAAUCAGCAAAUCUAUAUUACUCUUUUAAAUCAAACUACUAUAAACCAAACUUUACCCGCUCAGAAUUUGUCGUGGAAUAUAAAGUUGGUAUCAUUGAUGGAAGGAUUCUUUUCACGAAGUAUGGCCGAAAUGGAGUCAAAAAACAGACCAACAGUUGUCCUAACAUCAGUAAAGAUAAUCCUAAUCAAGGUAUAUUGGAUUGUACUAAAACCAUAAAACCUACAUUCUCGAUUUCCUUCCAACAUCUAGAACAACUGUCUUUCAAAAUAACAACAACUAUUGGAGGAUUUGUGAAGAUAAAAAAUUUAGAAAGGAAUGUCUACAACACCUACUACUACACACCAAACUCACUCUCACGUGAUUUUGAGAUUAAAUUUGACAAUGUACCACCAUACCAUUGUCAACCUGUCAACAAUUGCCAAAAAAACAUGUUAACUGAUAUUGACAUAACUAAGAAGGUAGAUAAUACGGUUUAUUGGGACGGUUGGAUUGACGAUGAUGCUGGUAUAGCUAAAUAUGAAUUAGAAAUAUUCAGCAUGAAGUCGGUAGGAAAUGAAAUAAUGACAGACGAAAGGGUAUUCGACACAAAAACUACAUUGAAGAGUCAACAAUUUAAUUUAACAAUACCAGGUGUAUAUUCUGUUAUACUUGCUGCAGUAGAUAAAGCUGGUAAUAUUAGACUUGCAAGACGAUGUUUGAUAUAUGAUGAUAACAAUCAGGUAUCCACUGUUCCUAAUACUAGUUUUAAACCCACGUCAGCAUCACCUUCUACUAACUACCUCUGGCAACAAAAUCAUGGUCCUGUUACUAUUGACUGGGAAAAUAGAUAUAUUAAUACUAAACACCAUAAUGGUAAAUAUCUAGCUGGAAUCCAGGAUUAUCAUGGUCUAGAUCCAAAAUAUGAUGAUCAUUAUGGAAAAAGAACAACCCAACCCAUCGAUAAUGUUCAAGAUAUAGUACGUUAUGAAACAUAUUAUGGGAUAGAUGACAAAGGAGGAUCUACUAUUCAACCAACAGAUACUUAUUUUACUACUACUGGUAACCUGAAACAAUCUAUAACAAUUUCUCCUACAUUACGAGAUGGCGACACUGUAAAAUUUUAUAUAAGAGCUUAUGAUAUAGUAGAUUUCUACCUGGAAGAAUCCACCACAGUUUAUUUUGAUAUGUCGCCACCUGUUAUAAAAGAUCUAUGGUUAACUAAAGGAGAUGAUUUAAAUAUAGCUGUCCAUGGGUUUCAAGAUUUAGAUAAACUUGUAAUUGAAUGGAUAGCUUAUGAUCUUCACAGUGGAUUAGAAACAGUGGAGUGGAAACUUUAUGAUAAUUUUACUGGUGAUGUUAUAUUACAUGGUUCACAACAUAUACCAGUACAAGCACAGAUAUAUGUAAACUGGACUGGUAUAGAUGUAGAAUCUGGUAUUUAUGAUUAUCAGUUUGGUUUAUCAUCAGAGAGAGAUUCUAUACCUGAUUUAUUACCAUUUCACUCUACAAAUCAUCAUACAUGGUACCGUGGUUAUCAUUCACAACUUACUGAUGGUACAGAAUUCUUUAUUCAUAUUAAAGCUACGAAUAAAGCUGGACUAGAAACUAUUCAGACUCUAGGACCCAUAAUUGUUCAUGCUUCUAAACCUAAAUUUACUGGUAACAUAGAUGUGGUAUUAAAUAAUAAUCUGGUGGUAGCCAAUUGGUCCAAUGCUGUAGUUAAAGAUCCUGGUCACAGUCAACUGAGAUAUACAGCAGCUAUUGGUACAACUCAAGGCGGUCAAGAAAUCAUCAAGUUUUCAAAUUUAAACUUCAGUGAACCCUGUCUCGUAAGCUCCCCACCAACCUGUACUGUAUUUGAUAUUCUAAAAUUAGACUGGAGUUUACACCAUGGAUAUAAAUAUUAUAUAUCUAUUAAAAUAGAAAAUACAGUUGGUCUUCAUACAGUAAUAUCAUCAGAACCUUUAACAUAUAAAUCAAUAUUACCAUCUAAAGGUGUUGUAAUUGAUGUUGGUUUACAGAGUGAAAUAGACUACUUCAAUAUUUUGGAACUUGAAGAUAGCGACUAUCAACUAUCUACUAGUAUGUUCAGUGUACGAUGGUAUGGAUUUGAAUCUGAAGAAGAAAUAUCUACAGGUAUUAAUUAUAAAGUAGGAAUAAAGAGAGAUAAUGACAGUGAAUUUAUACAAUCUGUUCAUGUCAGUCGACAAACUGAAUACACCUUCAUUGGUCUACAGUUAGAACUCCAUCAGAAAUAUCUUGUAUCAGUAACUGCUACAGUAGUUGGUGUUGGUAGUGUGACAUCAUCAUCUGAUGGAAUAACAGUUGUUAAAAUAUCAGAAGAUUUGAGUGAUGAAGUGGAAUUAAAAGAUGGCACUGCUUGUUUUAAGCCAACCGAUCUGGAUACGAACCAUUACCAUAAUUCUACUAUCAUCUAUUGUGGAGAACCUGGAUAUCAACCAUCUAGUUCUAGUUACAAUGUAAAGUGGAAUAUUUCUAAUAAAUAUUAUAAUACAUACCCUCAUAUUAAAUGGUCUUUACAAAAACAACACCAAAAUACAGAUAUAUGGCUAAAUGAAUACAAAAAGACAUUGUACACAAGAGAUAAAAUGCUGACACUACCAUACCGUUUAGCAGUUUGUGAAUCCUAUAGAAGUGAAUUACAAUUUUGUAUUGAUAAAGUUUGUUCUCAACCUGUUUAUUCGGAAGGUGUGACGAUUCUAGGAAAACCUGACAAACCAAAAAUGGAAGUUUCGUUCACGACAGAUCAGAAGCUGGAUGUUGGUUUAGAGUUUACAAAAACAAGUGAAUCUUGUAAUAAUGUAAUUAAAAGAUUAGAGUGGAGUAUAACAGAUGAUCACAAUGGACGGCUGUAUACAUUAUGGAAAAAUGUUGAGGAGAUUGUUAUUAACAAUAACAAGAUUCAGUUAAAGAUAGAUUUAGAUGGUCAAAUAGACUCUAAUAAAUGUAGAAGAUUGGCUCUACGACUAUAUAACAAGGCAGGAUUAUCAACCUUGAUCUCCAAACAGAUUCAAAACUGCUCAGCUGUAGAUCCAAUAUUGAUACGACAAGCUAUAGUUCUAGAUGCUGUUAGACAAGUGAACAGAAAUGAAAUUAAACUUGAACAGAAUGCCAGGUGGAACGAACCGGAUGUGGACUAUACUCCCUAUAAUGAUAUAAUAUCUGCUGUAUGGCCGACAUUGAGACAUAGAAACUAUACUUGGGGAUUAUUAGAGGGUCCAUUACAACCCACGUCAACGUUAUACAGUAAUCCUGAUAUCAUUAUACCAGAUCCUUGUUCUCAUCCUUCUAUUGUCAUCUGUGGACUAUCAGAUAAAGAAUAUGUAAAUAUCAAACCACCACAUGUAUUAAAACAUGGUAGACGAUAUCAUGUUUGUCUUCAUGCUGAUUCUACAACACUACAACAUGAGAAAUGGGAUGAAGAUCUAGAAGAAAUUAAUAGUUGUAGUGAUGGAAUAACAGUUGAUUUAUCUCCCCCUAAUGGAGGCCGAGUCUGGAUACAAACAGAUACUAAUGCUAACUAUCAGGUUUCUAUUAAUACUUUGACUGUAUUUUGGGAUUCGUUUAUUGAUGUCGAAGAAGAAGGAGGAGCUGUACAUCCUAGUGGAAUAUCACAUUAUACUAUACAAAUAGGCUCUUCAGGUUCUAGGUCUGAUCUAUUAUCACCUGUUACUGUUGGUCUUAUAAAUCACCAGGUUUUCCAUAACUUAACCCUACAAAAUGGUCACCAAUACUUCGCUACAGUCACAGCUGUUGAUUUUGUGAAUAGAAAUAAAACAGUAGUCAGUGAUGGAAUAAUUAUUGAUCAUACAGCUCCAGAAAUAGUUCUAAACAGAAUACAGACACCUUCACCAUAUCUCACAUCUUUAGAUACAAUAUCAGCCUGUUGGAAGGGAAGUUUUAGAGAUAGUGAAAGUGGUAUUAAAUUCUAUAAAUGGUCAGUAGGUAGUAGACAAGGACAAACAGACACAUUAAAAAACAGAGAAACAGUUGAAGAUUGUGAUGAAGCUACGCUAGAUGUUAAGUUACAGGAUGGUUUUACUUAUUAUAUCAAUCUUCAGGCAAUAAAUGGAGUUGGGAUGUCGACAAUAUUGAUAUCACGACCACUAAUAGUGGAUACAACACCACCAAUAACAGGAUUAGUAUUUGAUGGUAUUGCUGGUGAUAACAACACGAAGGAAAUUGAUUAUAUCUCUAAUACUCUAAUACCACCUUCUGUUAGAUGGGAUAGAUUCCAUGAUCCCCAUUCGUCUAUUAAACAUUAUUAUGUUCAAAUAGGAACUUGUCCUGGAUGUGAUGAUGUUUUACUACAAACAGAAACUCGAACCUCUCAUAAUUUUACUUUCACUAACAUCAGAUUUAUACCCGGUAUGAAAUAUUUCACCAUGGUAACAGGAUGUAAUAUGGCAGAACUUUGUUCUUCAAUAUCUUCUGAUGGUUUUAUUAUUGACGUAACACCUCCAAUUCGAGGUCACGUGAUAGAUGGAACUAGAGAUGCUGAUAUUGACUUUCAGACUUCAAGAACAUACAUUGGUGGUAAAUGGUAUGGGUUUAAAGAUAUUGAAAGUUCUAUAGAGAAAUAUGAAUGGAGAGUUGGUACUAGUAAAGGUGGUAGUGAAAUAUUGAAAACAGAAACUUUACCUGUUAUGGAAAUAAUCUACCGAUCUAAUCUUCCUCUACUACAACAUUUACCUGUUGGUAUACCUAUCUAUAUUACUGUCACAGCUUAUAAUGAAGCAGGUUUAAGCAGUGAAUCGACAUCUGAUGGAUUUAUGAUAGAUACAACACCGCCAACUGUCACCAAACAUUUAACUUUAUCAUCAACAUUCGCUUCCAUUUUACCACCAACAAUAAUAUGUAGAACAGGAUUUAAAGUAGAAUGGGAAUUUACUGAUGUAGAAUCAGAUAUUGAACAUCAGUACAUUUCACUUUCACCACAUUUACUUGGUGAUUUCAAUUCUUCAACAACAAAGAUACCGAGUGUUCUAAAAGAGUAUGUAUUUAUUAUAGAUACCAAGUGGUCUAAAAGAUUAUUAAAGAUACCAAGUGUUCUAAAAGAGUAUGUAUUUAUUAUAGAUACCAAGUGGUCUAAAAGAAUACCAAGUGUUCUAAAAGAGUAUGUAUUUAGUGGUUUAUCUCUACAUGAUGGUAGUAAAUACAAUGUGAAGGUUAUUGGUUGUAAUUUAGCGGGAUUAUGUACAUCUUCUGUAUCGGAUGAUAUUUUAGUUGAUACAACACCUCCGACUAGAGGAACCUUCGCAAUAGAAUCGAACCAUGCUGCCAAUAUAAUCAGACAUCCCGGUAGAUGGAUCGAAUGGAACACAACAUCAUUGACUAUAGCUUGGCUGGGAUUUUCAGAUAUUCAUAGUGGUAUACAGUAUUAUCUUGUAUCUGUUGGUACCAAACCAUUUUAUACUGAUUUAAAUCAGGAUGGUAAAGCUGUGAAAUAUUUCCAUGAAGAUGGAAGAUUAUUUGAAAAUGAAGGAGAAGUACAGAUUAAAACAGUUGAAACAGCAGGAAAUCUUGUCCACGGAAUGUCUGUUUUUAUAUCUAUUGUAGCUGUUAAUGGGGUAGGAUUAAAGAGUCAACCAAUUCACAAUGAGUUUCAAUUGAUACAUACUGACCUCAGAACAAACAGUAGUGGUUCAUUGGUGAGAAGAUGUCGACGAUAUAACUGUGAAGGUCAUUGUGUUUGUAGUGAAGAAGAUAAAAUAUGCCCUAAACCAGAUGGUAAUAACUGUAAAACAAAUGCUACAUUUGUAAACAGCGACAUGAAGAAACUAAUUCAAGUUAUCGAUGUAACUAACCUACAAUCAACCGAUACAGUUCAGAAUAAUUAUACACCAACUAAUAUGUUUCUAUCUGCUAAAUGGAGACAUACAACCAACACAACAUCCCAACCUAUCAGGUUCGAAGUUAGUAUUGGCUUAUCUGAAGAAGACCAGCCCAAAGGGGUGUUUGAUUCAGUUAGAGAUCGACUUUGGUUUGAUGUUGGUCAAGAUAUGAGUACCAUUAUUACACUACCUAGAGGUCACAAUAUCCAUAAGAGCAACACAGAAUUAUCGACAGAGCAGAAAUCAUUCAGUAUAUCUGGUUUAAAGUUAGAAGAAAAUAAGAUAUAUUACAGCACAGUUUUAGCCUUUAACAAAGCUGGGUUUUGUAGCUGGAGCACAAGCGAUGGCAUCGAAAUCGAUGCUACACCACCUUCAACUGGUAUAAUACAAGAUGGAUUUGGUCCACACGAUUCCGAAUACCAAUCAUCUGGUACUUGGCUUGGUGCCUCGUGGUAUGGUUUUUCUGAUAUAGGAUCAGGUAUUGUGAAUUAUUACUGGUGUGUUGGUAGACAGAAUGACUCUACUACUUGUGAUAUACUACCAUGGACUAAUGUUGGUUUGAAAAUAAAAAAAACUGAUAAAUCGCCUAUAGAAUUUAAAUCAGGAGAUAAGAUCUAUCAUAAAGUGUAUGCUGUAGACGGUAGUGGUUUACAAUCACAAGUUGCUGUCUCUAAUGGGAUUAUUAUUGAUACUUCACCACCUGAAGCAAGUUACCUGGAAUUCAUUGGAGAGAAUCUUAUCCUCAAUCCCUCAUUUGAAUCAAUAUCUGAUAACACAACAACUUCUUGUAAUGCUAACAUCCCCGAGGAUUGGUCUACCGAUUCACAAUCUUGUGUUAAAACUCGAUCAUCUCAACAUUCAACAGCUCAUGAUGGUGAUGUUUAUAUCACAAUAACAGAUCAGAUUCAACAAACGAUUCAAAAUCUAGAUACAGAUUGUUCUUAUCAGCUUACUGUACAUGUUGGUUAUCCACAUGACAUCUUACUAUCGAAUCAUAUGGUAGAAGGUUUUAUUAGAUUAGGACAUGAAAUAAACAGUUUUAAACUGAAUCCAGAUCUCUGUCAGGGUGACUGUUCUCAACUUGUCGAUGUGAUUCAUUGGUAUAAAUUCACCUAUAUUUAUCAACCAAUAAAUACACGAGAGAAAUUAGUAAUUGGUACAACAAGAAAUAAUAUGAUAUUGGCUAUAGAUGAUCUAGAACUUAGAAAAAUAAAUCAUGUAUCAUUGAAAGAUACCAACAAUAAUCAUAUAGUAUAUCACCCUACUUUUACACCUCACUGGUCUUCCUUACAUUUUAACUGGUAUUUUAAAGAUAGUGAAAGUUCUAUUGUGGAGUAUCAGUGGGCUCUAGGUACAAUGAAAGGUGGAACUCAGAUCAGAGAAUUUUCAACAACUGGUGAUAGAAACCACGAGACCAUUUCUAAUCUACGUUUGGUUCAUAACACUCGGCUAUAUUUCACUGUUAAAGCUCACAAUGUCGCCGGACUACUAUCUGUAUCGCAUAGCGACUUUAUAUUAGUGGACGCUACACCUCCUGUUGUUAUUUAUAUACAUGACGGUACAGGUGAAGAUGUUGAUUACCAGACUCGUAAGGUUAUAGCUGUCAAUUGGAAAAUAGAAGAUCCGGAAUCUGAUAUUGACUACUGCCUCUGGGCUAUAGGGUCUGUGAGAGGAGGAAAUGAUAUACAGAAGUUUACUAGAAUACAGAAAGAUGAGAAUAAAGCUAGUAAAGAAUAUAUUGACAGAGAACCUAUAAAAGUUUAUUCUACUAUUAGAUGUUAUAAUAAAGCUGGUCUACAAGUAACAGUUACAACUGAUGGUGUUCAACUCAUUGAUUCUAAUAAACUUAUUACUAGUAGUGGACAGAUAACCCUUUUACCACAGACCACAACCCAAUAUCAACUAUCACAAUAUUGUCUUUCACUACAACAGUCACUUGGUAUUCAGUGGCAGUUUGAUUCUAAUAGCUAUCAGUCUACAUCAGUUAUGGUUGGAAUAUCUACUGAUGAUUAUAAACUCGAGAAAGACAUAGAUGAAACUGGUAUUAAUUAUGAUGGUGUUAAAUUACAAGGUUUAAAACUGAAACCAGAGACAAACUAUAUAGUGAAUAUUUCUGGUAUUUUACUGGGCAGAUUGAAUAAUUAUAUAAAUCAGACUUUCUCUACAAAUUAUCAACCACCCAGUGUUAAAGAAGAUGGAGAUAUCAAAAUAGCCAAAACAUUAGAUGGUGUAACAUUAAUGAUAUCCUGGGCAGAAAUAUUUGAAUCAUACUGGAAAGAUUUAACCUAUGAAGUUAGUCUGGGUACUAACCAAGGUGGUGGAGAUGUUAUACAGUGGCAAGAAACAAAAGAUGACAGACUCCGUUUGACAUUACCUAAACAUUGGAAAUAUAAAUAUAUAUUUUUAACUCUUACUGCAGUAGAUACUUGUGGUUUAUUUACUACUAUUCAGAAAACUAUUUUAUUGUAG